AGUGCAUCCGCCGUUGCUUCUCACGGUGGACGAGCGUAAUCGGAGCCCCCGUCUGCCGCGACAAAAUGCCAAAAAUUAGCCUGUCCAUUCUGUGUCUCGUGACGGCAGUCUUGUACAACACGGUCGAGCGAAGUCUUGAACAUGAAAUUCCGCGGAGGAGCUUCCUGUCACGCAGAGCGAUUGACGGAACUAGAGGAAGGAAGUACUUCGAUCCGAACGAGGACGGAGCAUUCGACAGUUACGGAUCCGCGGGCGGCGAAUACGAUCCAUACGAUUAUAUGACAGACCUAUCUGACAUCAGAAAAAAUGUGCCGGGUGAGCCAGGCGUCGACUAUCCCGCCUACACAACAUUACCUCAGACAGGAUUUACGUGUGAAGGACGUUCACGUGGUAAAUAUACAUAUAUAUGA